UUUGGCCCUGUUUUAACCCUGUCUUGGCCCUGCUGUGGCCCCUGUUUUAGCCUUGUCUUGGCCCUGUUUGGGCCUUGUUUUAGCUCUGUUUUAGCCCUGUUUGGCCCUGCUGUGGCCCCUGUUUUAGCCCUGUCUUGGCCCUGUUUGGCCCUGACAGUGAGUGCCUCUCAGACAGAAAUAAACCGGAGCUGUCAGACCCGUCUCUCCGGUCGCGUUUCUUUUCUGACACCCGACACCCAAACCCAGCCUCUCUUUCUCGCAGGCGACCCCGCCCGCCCCAGCAGAAGCUGUCGGGUUCACUGAAUCAAACGCUCCCUGUCUCAGCUGCACGUGUUGUUGAAGCCAUAAAAGAAGGGAGCGCUUGUUUUCAAAGAUAUCAAAGGAUAAAGGGGUCUGCUGUGGCUCUGGGUGCGCUUGGUCACUAUCUGGUCACCUCCAGAGUUCAGCAGCGAGGCGGGUUAAUGAUUGAGGCUCAGUGACUUAUUGACUGCAGACACUUUUUAACUGCUUACAGAGACACUGGAAGCCAGAGCACACGGGAUGUUUUCACUCCUCCCUGCUGCUGACUCAUGCUAAUCUUCCUGAGGUUUUUCUACUUUUUGUGUUGAUUAACUCCACGUGGACACUGGACAGGAAGCAGUCCCCCAGCACAGACACACAGCUCUGAGUCAAACAACAAUCUGACAAAAACGUCCGAUUUUUUUCCUCUGGAGGAUUAUUUUCUGGGUCCAGACAUCCUUCAGGACUCGAACCCGAGACCAGGUCCACACCAAGUUUAAGUUUAAUAGAAUAAUUCGGGUCCAGACUUCCUUCAGGACCAGAGACCAGCGGCUCGGGGUUGUUUGGUUCAGCCGCCAGCUGAAGCAAUGGCUGAUGGGAAACGGCGAAGCGGCGCGGGGUCGCCUCCAGACGGGGGGUGGGGCUGGGUGAUCGUUGGCUGCUGCUUCAUGGUGACGGUCUGCACACGGGCAGUAACCAGGUGCAUCUCCAUCUUCUUCGUGGAGUUCCAGGCGUAUUUCGGAGCAGACUACUCUGCAACCGCGUGGAUCCACAGCCUGGUGGACUGCACCACCAUGCUCUGUGCUCCUCUUGGCAGUCUGGUUGGUAACCGCUGGUCGUGUCGGGUGUCGGUGAUGCUCGGUGGGCUCCUCUCCUCCGCUGGUCUCCUCCUCGGCUCCUUCAGCUCCAGCCUGGAGAUCCUCUACCUCACCAUGGGAGUCCUGACAGGUGUGGGCUUCGCUCUCUGCUACACGCCAGCCAUCGCCAUGGUGGGCUGUUACUUUGAGCGGCGGAAGGCGCUGGCCUACGGCAUCGCCAUGUCAGGCAGCGGGAUCGGCACCUUCGUGCUGGCGCCCGCGGUGCAGCUGCUCAUCGAGCGGUAUUCGUGGCGUGGGGCGCUGCUCGUCCUCAGCGGCGUCGUCGCCAACCUCUGCGUCUGCGGGGCGCUGCUCCGGCCAAUCACAGCGCGGCAGGGCGAGGAGGAGCCGGCAGAUGGCGAGGGGGCGGAGUCAGCGAUGGAGGAGAAACCUGGAAACGUCUCGCCGCAGUACGCCGAGCUGGCUGGAAAACUCCCCAACCAAUCAGACGACAGAUUGAUAUCUCUGCUCUCAGGAAGUCCCGCCCCCCGGUUGCAGAGGAGGCGGUGCUUCUUGUCCAGCGAGGAGUACCGCUUCCUGCUGCUGCCAGACUUCCUGUUCCUGUCCAUGUCCUUCCUGUUGCUGGCGGCCGGCUGCAGCCUGCCCUUCGUCUACCUGGUGCCGUACGCUCACAGCGCCGGCGUGGGCCACCAGCACGCCGCCUUCCUCAUGUCCAUCCUGGGCGUCCUCGACAUCGUCGGGAACAUCACCUUCGGCUGGCUCACCGACCGCAGGUGUGUGAAGCGGUGGCGCCUGGCGUGUUACGUGGUUGCCGUGGCGAUGGAGGGCCUGUGCUGCCUGGCGGCUCCGCUGCUGCGCUCCUUCCCGCUGCUCGUGCCCUUCGCCGUGCUCUACGGCUACUUCGACGGCGCCUACGUGGCGCUGAUCCCCGUGGUCACGUCGGACACGGUGGGGCCGCAGUACCUGUCCUCGGCGCUGGGCGUCGUCUACUUCCUGCACGCCAUCCCGUACCUCAUCAGCCCGCCAAUCGGAGGUUGGCUGGUCGACGUCACAGGAAGUUACACGUCCACCUUCUUCCUGAGCGGUGGCGCCCUGCUGGCCAGCGCCGCCGUCCUCGCCGCCGCCGCCGGGGUCCGCCACUGUCGGCGCGGCCGGCUCGCCGCCUCCAGGGACCCCAAGCCCCGCCCCCUCUGUCUCUCCGACCAAUCACAACACUUCACCGACUUCGAUAAGGAAACGCUCGGCAAGGCCGCCUCGUAGCCUCCGAGGAAACGACCAAUCGGAGACGCUGAGGAGGGCUGUGAUUGGCUGAGGCAGGCGUCAGUCAAAUGCAUGGACAAACAGGGAUAUAAGCUAUGCUAAUGCUAGCAGACUGGCUGCUGAGGACCAGACUCCAUAGAGAAAACACAGGAUUUAAAGCUGCUUUUCUUCAGGGAAACU